AUGGACAACCUCACGGCUGUGUCCAUCUUCCUCCUCCGCGGCUUCUCGGCAGUGCCCGAGCUGCAGGCCCUCAGUGCCGCCGCCUUCCUGCUCAUCUACCUGCUGGCCCUGCUGGGCAACGCGGCCAUGGUGGCGGCCGUGACGCUGGACGCGCGCCUGCACACGCCCAUGUACUUCUUCCUCAAGCACCUGUCGCUGGUGGACCUGUGCUCCACGUCCACCACGCUGCCCCGCGCCCUCCUGGCGGCUGCGCUCGGCUCGGGCGAGAUUUCCCUGCCCGCCUGCGCCGCCCAGCUCUUUGCCUUCGUCUGCCUGGGCGCCACCGAGUGCUUCCUUCUCACGUCCAUGGCCUACGACCGCUGCCUGGCCAUCUACCGGCCGCUGGCCUACGGGGUGGCCAUGAGCGCGCGGGCCUGCACCGGGCUGGUGGCGGCCGCCUGGGCCAGCGGCUUGCUCUUCUCGGCCUUCCACACAGCCAACACCUUCUCCCUGCCCUUCUGCGGCCCCAACGUCGUGGACCACUUCUUCUGCGACAUCUCCCCGCUCCUGCGGCUGGCCUGCGCGGGCGCCGAGGCGCACGAGGCCCUGGGCUUCGUGGCCAGCGGCUGCGUCAUCAUGAGCUGCUUUGCCCUCACUGUCCUCUCCUACGGCCGCAUCCUGGCCACGGUGCUGCGCAUCCGCUCGGCCGCCGGCCGCCGCAAGGCCUUCUCCACCUGCUCCUCGCACCUGGCCACCGUGCUCCUCUUCUACGGCACGGGCAGCUCGGCCUACAUGCAGCCCAUGGCCCGCUUCUCCCCGCUGCAGGGCCGCCUGGCCGCCGUCUUCUACUCCGUGCUCACCCCCACGCUCAACCCGCUCAUCUACAGCCUGCGGAACAAGGAGGUGCAGGGUGCGCUGCGGAAGCUCUACCUCCAGCUGCCCCCCUAG